AUGAAGAUAAUUAUAUAUUUUUGCAUUUGGGCAGCAGCAUGGGCCGUUCCAGUUCCUCAAACCAAACCCUUGGAGAGACAUGCUGUUGACAAAUCUUUGAAUUUAUAUGUACUAGCAAAAUCCAGUGUGACAAUACAGGAUGAGUUAAAUGCCAAUGACACUGCCAAAGAAAAUGGUGUCUCCAUGCAUGAAAGUGAAAUAGGAAGGCAACAGUAUACAGAAAACAGUUGCAAAGGAGAAGGGAAUGGCUCUGAGUGUGCAGAAUUAGGAGGAAAGAAUUCUUACACACAUUCCACGUUAGCAGAUGAAGAGAAUAUUGAGAAUGGGAAUGGGGGCACAGGAAACCUAGACACAUAUGGUUAUGAUGCGAUACAUGGAAAUGAGAAUAACAUCACAACAAGUGGCAUUAGAGGAAAAGUAAACGUCCUUGACAAUGUUGGAGCAGCAACUGUGAGCAAUGUUAAUGGAAACACUGAUAAGAAUAUAAUCAAUUGGGAUGUAGGAGAUACAAGUCAGAGUGAGAAUGUCACUGUUGUCCCUGAAGAUGGAAAUCAAGUAGCUGGAAACAAUAAUAGUACAGGCCAUGUGGAUGAAAUAAAUGGAAAUUCCUGUGGGAAUGAGGGUAACACAAAUGAAGUAACACCUCAGGGAGAAGGUGGGAUAAAUGAAAACAAGGAGGCUGCGGCAACUCCAGGGAGAAGUGGAACUGACAAUGGACAAGGUACUACUAGCCUGGGUGAUUCUGAUUGGAGUCCUAGCGGGAGUGGAGCAGAAGAAGAUGAAGACAAGGAGGGCUCUGGUGACGAAGAUGAAGAAACAGGGGAUGGAAAAGAGGGUGCCGACAAUAACAAUGGCCAGGAAGUUCAGGGUAAUGGAAAAGAAGAUGGCAAUGACAAUAGCACAGGUCAAAAUUCCAUCAGUAUUGAAGAUGGUGACCCUGAAGAUCAAGAAGCUCCUCAUAAUAAAAAUGAUAGAGACAACACCGCCAAGAGUGAAGAAGAUUCUGACGGUAUUCCAGAAGGCAAUGAUGAUAAAAGCAUAAAGAAUACCAAAGAACUCAAUCACAGAGAAAGCAAAAAUGUGAACAAUGGAGUCACUGAAGUAGCAGAGCAGAGUGCUGUUGGAAAGAGCCAAGAUAAGGGAAUAGAAAUUGAAGUUUCCAGCAAUAGCAACAGAAAUAAUAUUGCCAAAGAAGCUGGGAAAGUCAAUGAAGAUAAAGAGAGUAAAAGACAACAUGGAACUAUCAUGGGCAAAGGAAAUGUCAAGGCACAAGGAGAGGCUGGUAACAUACAAGGACCAGGCCAGAAAUCAGAACCUGGAAAUACGGCUGGACACAGCAAAGUUGGCGGUGAGAGUAAUAGUGAUGGAUAUGACAGUUACGAUUUUGAUGAUGAGUCCAUGCAAGGAGAUGACCCCAACAGUAGCAAUGAGUCCAAUGGCAAUGAUGAUGCCAAUUCUGAGAGUGAAAAUGACAGCAGUAGCCGAGGAGACGAUUCUUAUACCUCUGAUGAAUCAACAGAUAAUGGCAAUGACAGUGAUUCAAAAGAAGAAGGAGAUGAUGCUGAGAGUGAUAGCACACCAGACACUAAUGAUGGUGACAGUAAUGGAAAUGGUAACAAUGGGAAUGGAAACAAUGGUGAACCAGAGAGUAAAUCAGAUAGCAGUGACAGCAGUGACAGCAGUGACAGCAGUGAUAGCAGUGACAGCAGUGACAGCAGUGAUAGCAGUGACAGCAGUGAUAGCAGUGACAGCAGUGAUAGCAAAUCAGACAGCAGUGACAGUAGUGAUAGCAGUGACAGCAGUGACAGUAGUGAUAGCAGUGACAGUAGUGACAGCAGUGAUAGCAGUGAUAGCAGUGACAGCAGUGAUAGCAGUGACAGCAGUGACAGCAGUGAUAGCAGUGACAGCAGUGAUAGCAGCAACAGCAGUGAUAGCAAAUCAGACAGCAGUGACAGUAGUGAUAGCAGUGACAGCAGUGACAGUAGUGAUAGCAGUGACAGCAGUGAUAGCAGUGACAGUAGUGACAGCAGUGAUAGCAGUAAGAGCAGUGACAGUAGUGACAGCAGUGACAGCAGUGAUAGCAGUGACAGCAGUGACAGCAGUGACAGCAGUGAUAGCAGUGACAGCAGUGACAGCAGUGAUAGCAGUGACAGUAGUGACAGCAGUGAUAGUAGUGACAGCAGUGAUAGUAAUGACGGCAGUGACAGCAGUGAUAGCAGUGACAGCAGUGAUAGCAGCAAUAGUGAUAGUGAUAGUAGUGACAGCAGUAAGAGCAGUGACAGCAGUGAUAGUAAUGACAGCAGUGACAGCAGUGAUAGCACUGACAGUAGUGACAGUAGCAAUAGCAGUGACAGCAGUGACAGUAGUGACAGCAAUGACAGCAGUGAUAGCAGUGACAACAGCGGCAGCAAUGACAGUGCAUCUAACAGUAGUGAUGAGAGUGACAGCAAGAGCAAGUCUGAUAAUGGGAACAGCAAUGCAAGUGAUAGUGACAGUGACAGUGAAGGCAGUGACAGUAAUCACUCAACCAGUGAUGAUUAGAACAAAAGAAAAAAGCCACAAGAUUCCUUUUGUGAAAAACUUGGUGAAUAAUUGACAAGAAAUAAAGAUUUCCAAGAAAAUAAAGAAAGGGGAGAGAGAAAUAGAAGACAGAUAUAUAUAUAUAUAUAGUAUAUAUAUAUAUAAAAUCUCAGAAACAACUUGGGGCGUAGAAUCAAACAUUGGCGUCGGCUUCAAGUUUCAGCUCCCUCAGAGAGAGAAUCUGAGUGCCUGUCCUCUGGUGCAUGCAUGUUAAAAUAGAUUCACACGAUGAAUAUAUUUUGUUAGGAGUGUAAAUCUAAACAUAAAAGAACAAUCAGGAACAUUCUUUAGUAUUUUACACAGAAACCUCAAGUGAUCACUUACUACAUGAUAACUUCAAUCCCAGUGCCACAGGCUUUAGAGAAUGUGGCAAGCCAACAUAUCUUAUGAGCAACCUAUGGCAUUGCCUUAAUCCUCCAGUGAUUAUAUUUUCUGGAUAGACAAUAUGCCUACCACUGAGUAAGGUGGGAGCAAAAGGUGCUGUUAUGGUGAUAGGACUUCCAGCUUGGCUACAGAUUAAUUUGCUUAUUCUAAGGAAGAAAUACAUUUCUAAUGUGGGCAAAAAAAAAAAAAAAAAAA